AUGGUGGCAGGCUUUAAGCAAAACCAGGAAGCCUUGGCGGAGAUGAAAUUGGAAUUAAUGGGAGAGAUUAAAAAAACUAAUGACAAAAUGACAGAGUUCCAAAAGCAACUUUUGGCAAACACGCAGCAAGUGCAUGGCCUGGUAGCAAAAGUUGAGAGAUUAGAAGAGCAGAACAAAACCACUAUGGCGACGGCACGAGAAAACAGAACCAGUCUGGCGGACUUGGAAGAUAAAGUAGCAAGGCUGGAGAUGGAGAAAGCGACAUACGUGUUACGGUUUCAAAAUGUUCCGGAAGUAAGGGGAGAGAUUCUAGAGGAUAAAAUCUUGGAAAUACUAGAUGUAGAGGGAGAGAAAUUGUUGGAAGGAGGAAAGAGCGCAGAUCUUUCAGGAACGCCCUGCUUCUCGGGUGUCAUGGAGUUCGCUGCAGGAUGGCUUUCUGGGGCAGCUGGGCUGGUUCUUGGACACCCGAUGGACACUGUGAAGGUGCGACUGCAGACGCAGGCGGGUUACCGAGGCAUCUUGGACUGCGUGGUCAGGACGUACCGCGACGAAACGGUCUUUGGCUUCUUCAAAGGCAUGAGUUUCCCGCUGCUCAGUGUGGCGAUGGUCAACUCCGUCAUGUUUGGGGCCUAUAGCAAUGCCUUGCUGUACCUCAGCAACACCCACCACCGGGACCGUCGCUCCAACCCCCCCAGCUACACCCACAUCUUUGUCGCUGGCUGCUUCUCAGGACUGGUACAAGCUGUGGUCCUGGCCCCUGUGGAUCUCGUCAAAGUCCGGUUGCAGAACCAGACCCACCCAUACAGUCAUGGCACACUGCCAGCAGAGGCCCAGCCACUGUACAGGGGCCCAGUGCACUGUGCUGCCAGCAUCCUGCGGGAAGAGGGCAUUCUGGGCCUGUUCCGAGGCUUCUGGGCACUGGUGCUGCGUGACACACCCACCAUGGCGAUGUACUUCAUGACUUAUGUGGGUCUCUGCAGAGGGAUGACUGAGGAAAGGCAGGAGCCAGGCCCAAUAACAGUUCUUGUGGCUGGCGGCUUUGCUGGAAGCGUUUCAUGGGCCUUGGCCACCCCCAUGGAUGUGGUGAAGACCCGCUUGCAAAUGGAUGGGAUGAAGGGGAAGGAGUAUCGAGGGAUCCUCCACUGCAUUCUCACCAGUGUCCGGCAGGAGGGUCCGCAGGUGUUCCUGAAGAGCCUUGCCAUAAACAGUUUCCGUGCUUUCCCUGUGAAUGCAGUCACCUUCUUGAGUUAUGAGUUCAUCCUCAAAAUCGCCUGUUGAACUCUGCAACCACCGUGACACAACUCGAUUUU